AUGGGAAAUUAUUACGACCUUGAUGACAUCAUAGCUGAUAAUCAAAAACUACCGUGCAAAUUCAACGUGACGGUGCCCGGCUUGGGGUACCUCGAGGGCAACAUCGGCCAGCCGCUAGAUGCCAACACGAAGUUGAACUUGCCACUCUGGCUUUCAUCGGUGUUAGCAAUUUGUGAAGUCUCCCAAGACUCCCAGACAACGUUUCUCGACUUGAUCCACCCCGAGUUCUUUAACAACAAGGUGAUCAACGCUAUCCGCGCAAACGCAGUGAACAUCGAUUUGCAUUCGAUUUUGCCAAACUACUACAAGCUCUGCGAAAAGUGGUGCGUAAUGUUCUCAGACGUUGAGCUCAUCGAGGUUGUGUCCCAGAUGUUGAAGGAACGGUCGAAUGAAAUCAACGAUUAUGGCCAGAAUCCGAAGCAAAUCAGUUCCAUGGCCGGCAACAAGUUUCUAUACUCGUUGGAUGAGUUCGAGAAGCGACUAUAUAAGAUCAGCACCGAGAGCCACAAGUUGUCAAAGGAGUGGUUUCACAACCAGGAUUGA